CUUUGUUCGCAAUUCUCUUGCUCAGCAAUAUGGCGUCGGGAUAUUACGAUGCCGUAGUCAUUGGGGCCGGUAUGGGCGGCAUCUACCAAGCCCACCGCCUCCUCAACCUGGGACUCACAGUGAGAGUAUUUGAUCGGGCCGGUGGCCCAGGGGGAACAUGGUACUGGAACCGCUAUCCCGGGGCGAUGAGUGACACACAUUCCCUGCUAUACCGGUAUUCCUGGGACAAGGAAGACCUGCAGACCUAUCCCUGGUCAGACAACUAUCUCGACUCCGGGGACAUUCUGACCUACCUGAACCACGUCGUCGACCGUCACGACUUGCGGAAAUACAUGCAAUUUCACACCGAGGUCCGGUCCAUGAGGUGGAACGACGACAUCUACACGUGGACCAUCGAAACGAGCGCCGGUGUUUUCACCGCCCGGUACGUGGUCACAGCGGUCGGGCUCCUCAGCGAGCCCAACUGGCCGAGCAUCGCCGGACUGGAACGCUUCAAAGGAGAGCUGUACCACACCGCCCGGUGGCCCGAGAGCUACGACUUUAGCGACAAAAGAGUCGGGGUGAUCGGAAACGGCUCGACGGGGGUCCAGCUGAUCACGACGAUCGCGCCGACGGUCGGCUCGUUGAUCUGCUUCCAGCGACACCCCCAGUACAGCGUGCCCGCCGGCCGGAAAGCCGUGUCGAAGGAGGAACGGGAUCUCAUCAACCAGACGUACGACGACAUCUGGGCGCGGGCGUGCCAGACCGUCAGCGGCGGCGGGAUUGACGAGGCCAAGAUCAAGACCACCGACGUGUCGAGCGAGGAGAGGGGGCGGAUCUACCAGGAGCUGUGGGACCAGGGCAGCGGGAUCCGGUUCCUGAUGGGCUCGUUCACCGACAUCACGACGGACGAGGGCGCCAACAAGACGGCGUGCGACUUCAUCAAGGCCAAGAUCGCGCAGACGGUGCAGGACCCCGAGAAGCGCAGGAAACUGACGCCCAAGGAGCUGUACGCGCGCCGGCCCAUCUGCGACACCGGGUACUACGAACAAUUCAACCGAGAGAACGUCGACGUCGUCGACAUCAAGGAGAACCCGAUCGCCGAGGUGACCGGCACGGGCAUCAAGCUGGCCGACGGCACGUGCCAUGCCCUCGACGUCCUGAUCUGCGCGACCGGCUUCAACGCCUUCGACGGCGCGUACCGGCGCAUCCGCAUCGAGGGCCGCGGCGGCCUCACGCUCAACGACCACUGGAAGGACGGCCCGCGCACCAACAUGGGCGUCGCGGCCGCCGGCUUCCCGAACCUGUUCAUGAUCCUCGGGCCCAAGUCGCCGCUGGCCAACGUGCCACCCAUGAUCGAGGCGCACGUCGACUUCAUCACGGCGGCCGUCACGCGGGUCGAGGAGCGGUGCCAGCUCGCCCGGACGGCCAUGGAGUCGACCGCGCAGGGCGAGGAGGAGUGGGGCGCCCUGUGCGACGCCAUCAGCGACAAGAUGCUCUUCCGCAAAAUCGACUCGUACUUCUACGGCGCCAACGUCGAGGGCAAGUUGCGCUCGACGCUGAUCUUCUUUGGCGGCCUGGCCAUGUUCUCACAGAAGCUGCAGGACUGCGUGGACCACGGGUAUCCUUCUUUCAACUUUCUUUAG